AUGCGUAGGCACCCUACGUUUUACAUUGGACGUCUCCUCCCGUACUAUCAGUAUGAGCCCGUUUCGAGAGGCGAAAACACCUCCGCGGUCGAGAGCCGAGACCACCUUCGAGUGUUCCCGUUUCCACGAGCCAUUCUGGUCGACUAUCGAAGAGACCUGUUCACGCAGUUCAGUGAUGUCUCGACGAGCUACAGCCAUCUCAUUACGAAGAGAACGAGUCGAACGUUCGUUCUCAAGUUGCGCGAACGCAAACGCGGCACGGCUGUCCGAACGAUCGUGCGUUAG